GCUAUGAGAAUGAAACAAUCAUGCCUAAAUGAGUUUUAUUCGCAACCUUCUUACGUCAGUCUGAAAUCCCUCUCUGUUGAAAUCAACAUGAACACGGCCAGUCAAAACUGUGUUAUACCGGCUCUAGUGUGGUAUCCUCCGGCGUUAAUUAACGAAAGCCCAGUCGGGAGUUCCAACAAGGAAGACACCGUCCCCUUGGUGUCCUUUAGUUACCGGAUCGAUGCCACGUAUCAAGCCACUUAUCCGCACUCCGUCCAGUCGCGUCCGAGCGUUAUCGAAGAACGAAAAGCAGGAGUCAAAAAAAGGAACGUGGAAGGCAGUCAUGAGAAGGCGUUUGCGCCUGGCAGUAAGGUUUCAUCGGCCUCAGUAACCUCUACUUCUGGAAAUUUGCCGGCAGUCAAGGAUCCGUUUUCGCCAGAGUGUCUAAUUCCCAUACCGAAAUUGCACGGAGAUCAUCUGUUGUACUAUGAACCAGUAUUUCUACGGCGGCGUAAUGAACGGGAGCGGCAGCGGGUGCGUUGCGUUAAUGAUGGAUAUACGCGUUUGCGUCAAAAACUGCCAACGGAAUCUUCACAAAAGCGCAUGAGCAAAGUGGACAUUUUGAGGGGAGCAAUUAAGUAUAUCCGGCAUCUGCAGAUCUUGCUGGACUCGCCGGAUUCCGUGGGCUGCCGACCAGUUACCGAGAAAAUUCACACUAGCAUUCGUGGUUCCAGACCUGGCUAAUCUAAUUUUUUUCAAUUCUCUUUUCCUUCACUGGAAAUUGAAAAGUAGUACCGUCUGACAGAUAAUCGCUGUUUUUAGCACUUGUAACUUCAAAACUUUGUGGCUUGCGGAUAAUCUUCGUCACAACAUUCUGUAUUUCAGUCAAUUACAGACUGGCAAAUCCUAAAUUUUUAUGGUUCCACGGUGUCAUACUAAUUAUUAUAGCUCUAAAUACAUUUGCAAAGCAAAACUGAAAGACCUGUGAUUUCAGACAGUGUCGAUUUAAAUCUUGAAGCUCUUACCGAUCCUGUUUUCCUUUGGGUGACGCCC